CAGAGGAGGGCGGCCACGAAGCAGGAUAAGGCGCCGAAAGCGAAGGGAAAGAAGGACCCGAAGGCACCCAAGCGGGCGCUGUCCGCAUACAUGUUCUUCAGCCAGGACUGGCGGGAGAGGAUCAAGGCCGAAAACCCUGACGCCGGUUUCGGUGAAAUCGGCAAGCUUUUGGGCGCGAAGUGGAAGGAGCUCGACGACGACGAGAAGAAGCCUUACCUCGACCAGGCUGCAGCCGACAAGUCGCGGGCCGAGGAGGAGAAGAAUGCUUACGAC